GUAAUGUAAAUUAUUUUCCAGAUUACAUUGGGUCCCAGGUAGAAGGGUGACACAUUCUUAAACAGAAUAGUGAGAAUGGCGGCCCCCAAUGUUUGGAAGGUCAAUAAUGUUGUAUAUCCUGAUUCAUUAAUAACAUUAGCUUUAUUCAGAGAUGUUGCCAAUGUUAAAGAAUUGCGACGACGUGUAAUGGCUGGUGAAAUUGAGGUUGCGUUAAUAAAGACGUCAAUGAUUGUUGACCCAUUCCAAGUUAUUGCUGCAACAAAUAAGGCUGUUCACUUUCAGAAAUGUGGGAAAAUGAUAACAAAAAAUGUGCAUUCAGAAAUUCUUUUUUGUUUGUCACCAUCUAAAAGUAUAACGGAGUCGUUUCGGAUGUUUGGUGCUGGAGAUAAGGAUACAUCCGUAUUGAUAAUUAUUGUAGAUGAUCAUGACAGUAAAGUAGUCAACAAGAUCCUGGAUGUAGUACAAGGAGAGCUCAUUAAUGUGAAUCAAGUGGCAGAAACCACAGAUAUGAAGGCUGUUAAGAAGAUAUACAAGCUGUCCGACGAGGAACUGUCUGUAUGCUCACCACUAGAUGCCAUUGUAUCGAGGAUAGCUGCUAAGGAAAUCGCAAUAGUUUGAUCAUGUUAGGACUGACAUUUUAAAGAAAAAAUAAACAUCCAUAACAUAGACUUAAA